AUGGAUAGCAGCAAUCGGUUCCAUCUGAACCUCAAUAAUGGCGAGCGCGCUCCGCCUUUCAACGAUCGAGCCUAUCCAACCACGCCUUCCACCUUUCCGAAUCCCAUAUUCCCAUCUCAGCAACAAGGAGGUCAAGGACAAGCUCAAAACGCCCAGCAGCAGCCGUACUCUACUGGCUUUGCGCCCUCGGGAUACUUCGCGAACAGCCAAUACCCAGCUGCAUACCCUCAACCUCCAGCUACUUCUUACGUCCAGGGACAGCAGGCACCUCAAGCACCGCCUGCCUCCUACCAACAACAGCGUCAAGCCCCUUACCAGACGAAUGACGCGACGAACGGACUAGUCCAUCAAUUUUCUCACCAGAAUCUCGGCGGCAGAGUUUCACCUUACGGUACUCGUCAACCCUCGCCAGGCCAGCGGCCACGGACAGCUGGUGCCACAGGACAGCAACAAGGGUACGGCAGCUACUUGAACGCCCCAAUGCCCUCCCAGGCAGGUCAGCAGCAGAGCUGGCCUGAAUUCCAGCCUGCUCCUGACCGCAACCCUGAUAAGUACGGACCAGUCGCACAUGCCAACCAGACAAAGUGCGGUCAAUUGGCGGAGACGUUCUUUAAGGACAGUGUGAAGCGGGCCCGGGACAGGAAUGUCAGACAAAGCGAGAUGGAACAGCGUCUGGCAGACCCCAACCAGUCACAAUCGAGACGAGAGCAAACAUGGUGCAAUGCUGGAAAACAGGAGGGCAAGUAUCUCCGGUUCUUACGAACCAGGGAUAAGCCAGAGAACUACCAGACGCUGAAGAUCAUUGGCAAGGGUGCCUUUGGUGAGGUGAAGCUCGUUCAGAAAAAGCAGGAUGGUAAAGUCUACGCCAUGAAAUCGCUCAUCAAGAGUGAAAUGUUCAAGAAGGAUCAACUGGCUCACGUUCGGGCUGAGCGAGAUAUUCUUGCCGAGUCGGACAGCCCCUGGGUUGUGAAGCUUUACACUACUUUCCAAGACUCCGACUUCCUCUACAUGUUGAUGGAGUUCCUUCCAGGAGGUGAUCUCAUGACUAUGCUUAUCAAGUAUGAGAUCUUCUCUGAGGAUAUCACCCGUUUCUACAUUGCUGAGAUUGUCUUGGCAAUUGAAGCGGUCCACAAAUAUGGUUAUAUCCAUCGUGAUAUCAAACCUGACAACAUCUUGCUUGAUCGUGGUGGCCAUGUCAAGCUUACCGAUUUCGGUCUGUCAACUGGCUUCCAUAAGCUCCACGACAAUUCCUAUUACCAGCAGCUCCUCCAGGGCAAGUCCAACAAACCACGAGACCGCAACUCCGUCAACCUUGAUCAGAUUAACCUUACUGUGAGCAAUCGAAGUGUGAUCAACGAUUGGCGAAAGUCCCGUAGGGUAAUGGCGUAUUCGACGGUUGGUACUCCUGAUUACAUUGCACCGGAGAUCUUUACGGGUCAUGGAUACGGCUUCGACUGCGAUUGGUGGAGCUUGGGUACGAUCAUGUUUGAGUGCCAAGUUGGCUGGCCUCCUUUCUGUGCCGAGGAUGCCCAUGACACAUACCGCAAGAUCGUCAACUGGCGCCAGUCGCUCUACUUCCCGGAGGAUAUACAGCUGGGCCCAGAGGCUGAGAAUCUAAUUCGAAGCCUGGUCUGCAACUCGGAGAACCGUCUUGGUCGCGGAGGCGCCGACGAGAUCAAGAACCACAAGUUCUUCCGUGGCGUUGAGUUUGAUAAGCUUCGCCGUAUUCGUGCACCAUUUGAACCGAAGUUGCAAUCUAAUAUCGACACAACCUACUUCCCAACUGAUGAAAUCGAUCAAACGGACAAUGCCACGCAUCUGAAAGCAGCUACCGCUGCUAACGGAGGCCAAGCACGCACUGAAGCACCAGAGAUGAGCUUGCCGUUUAUUGGUUAUACCUUCAAACGAUUUGAGACCAACUUCAACAGAUGA